AUGUCGGCUUCGGGUGAGAAUGCCGAGCCUUUGCCCGAUGUGGGCGAAGAUCCGGCAGCUGCAUUGCCGCCUGGCGAAGAGGUCUCCGACACCCCAGAGGUGCUUCGGCAUGCGGAGGAAGCGCAGGCGGCCCCUGCGGCGUCGCGGAUGUCCACCACCGCAGGGCAUAACAGCAACAAUCAAGGUGCCAGCCCGACGUCCGCUUUGCCUCGCGAGCCAUCGUUGAACCCGACGGCGAAGAUGCCAGCACCCCCCACGCCGACGGCUGGUUCCGCACCGACGCCUGCGGCCACCGCGCCCGUGACAGCAGCCACCACACCGACGGCAGCGACUGCACCGACAGCCCCUGCCACUGUUCGCACAGCUGCCCCGCCAGCAGCAGCUGCAGGUGCAGGCGCGCCCAAGGGCACUGAUGCAAAAGUCGAGUCAGCUGCGAAGGCCUCGAUGUUUCAAAUGGCCCAGCAGGUUGCGGGCCUGGCCCUCUUCGUGUGGUCGUGGCUAAAAUGCUGGGGCGACACCGUCGUCAAUGCCCAGUGGAUUGUUCAGGAAGGUUACGACAUCAAGUAUGCCGCUCCUGUAGGCGUUCUCUUGGUUGGCGUGGUGAUGACGAGCAUUAUUGGCGUGCUUGAGUUCCGACAGGAGGGCGACUCCUUGGGUGCCUCCUUCGCAGCAGUGGACUUGGAUACUCCGUUCGUGAUCUUCACGCAGGCAAAGCCCAUCGUACAAGGGCAGGACGUCAAGUCCUGGCAGAAGCUUCAGAUGCGAAACGCAAUCUGGAGGUCAGUACCCCUCGCCUGCAUCACUUUUUUUCUCGCGCUUCGGGACCUCGUGGAGAUUCCGGCGUGCCAGUUCUUGUCCUGCGUGUCCAUUCUCGGCACGGGGCUCUUUAACGACGACCAGGGGCCAUUCCUCCAGGCCGCCACCGCCCAGAAUCUGAAUGUGUCAAGGGUCUUCCGCUGGAUUGAGAUCCGCAAGUCUACAGAUGCGUACAACCUGACGAGGGUCUUCGAGCCGAGCUUUCGAAAGAAGUUCUUAGACACGGAGGAGGUGCUGUGGAAAAGUGCCCACUGCGGCGAAUCGCAGUGGCACGCGGCCAACAAGUUCUACCUGCAAGAUCUCUCAGAGACUUGGUUCCUGAAUCCCGUGGCGCGCGCGGAG